GGGAGACUCUUUUCUAAAAUAUGCUGCAAGUCGGCACCUAUUCACUACUUAUCAAAAUGACCAUGAGGGGCUUCUUAGUUUGAAAAAGGAAAAAAUGGUUUCCAAUGAUGCUUUGUGCAAGCUGGCAUGUGAUAGAAAAAUUCCGGGAUUUAUCCGUACUGAACCAUUUGAUCCAAAAACAUGGGCCAUUCCUGGAGACACUUCGGUAGACAAGUCGCUUGACGUGGAAGUGAUAUCUCCCAAGAGAAAAGUGUACAACAUGGGAGGUAGAAAAAUCAAGAGUAAGAGAGUUGCAGACAUUGCUGAGGCCCUUAUUGGAGCAUAUGUUAGUACUUCUGGUGAACUAGCAGCACUCUCGUUUAUGGUUUGGCUUGGUUUGGACAUGUAUUAUGCCAAAACUCCCAUAGAAAGACACUUCCCUAUCAAUGCCGAGAAGUUUGUUAAUGUGCGGUAUAUUGAGAGCUUGAUAAAGUACAAAUUCCGUGAUCCGUCUCUCCUUGUUGAAGCAUUCACUCAUGGUUCCUUCAUGCAAUCCGAAAUCCCACGAUGCUAUCAGCGCCUGGAAUUCAUCGGGGAUGCCAUCAUUGAUUAUAUAGUCACAGUUCACCUCUACAAUAAGUAUCCUGGACUGACUCCUGGUCUUUUGACUGACAUGAGGUCGUGUUCGGUGAACAACGAUUGUUAUGCUUUAUGUUCUGUCAAGUUUGGGUUACAGAAGCAAAUUCUCUAUUUUUCCACAGACCUUCAAAAGCAUAUAACAAACACUGUUGAGAGUGUUGAGAAGUUGUGUAUUUCCACAACUUUUGGAUGGAGCUCAGAUAUAAGUUUUCCUAAGGUUCUUGGAGAUAUUAUUGAGUCACUUGCAGGGGCAAUCCUAAUUGAUUCAUGUUUCAAUGAAGACAAAGUGACUGAAAGCAUACUUCCUCUUCUAGAGCCCAUUGUUACACCAGAA